AUUCCGACCAAGGGAGAAACUUUGAGAGUGUACUCAUUGCACAGUUGUGUCAGCUAUAUGGGAUUGAAAAGUCUAGAACAACAGCAUACCAUCCCCAAGGGAAUGGCCAAUGUGAGCGAUUUAACAGGACCCUCCAUGACCUCCUCCGAUCGCUCACUGUGGAAAAGAAACGGGUGUGGCCAAAGUACAUCUCUCAGUUGGUGUGGGCAUACAACACUUCUACCCACCGCUCCACUGGUCAUUCCCCUUACUCGUUGAUGUUUGGCGUGCUACCUCGACUCCCUAUUGAUUUCCUCUUGGGGGCUAACGACAUCGAAGAAACAAGCUCUUUGGAUGAAUGAGUCAUACGGCAUCAGGAACGGCUUCAGGUAACUCGUGAACUAGCCCGCAAGAACAUGGAGGAGGCAGCAGAUUACCGGCAGCGAAACCACAACCAACAGGUGUGUGAUAAGGGUUUUACAGAUGGCCAACUGGUCUAUUUAAAAGAUCACCGCUGCCAAGGUCGUCGCAAGAUCCAAGAUGUCUGGUCACCAGCACUGUACAAAGUCGUCAGGACACCAACUGGCCCUGGUGGGCCCUACACUGUCACAUUGGCUGAUGGAACUGGUAAUGUCCGGCAAGUCCACAGAACAGAGAUUAGAGCAUCACAGUUGGAUAUUAUACCAUCAGUACCAAAGGUCCCUCAGCCAUCCACAGAAACUACUUACCCAGAAGGUUAUUCAACUUGCAGUGACGAAGAUGUCCUUACCUGGAUAGAAGCAGCAACACCUAUUCCAGUAGCUGCUGUCACUCCAGAUCCGCCACCAACGGCCCCCAAUGAAGUUGCAGAAGUACUUGUGGAGGAGGAUGAGGGUUGGGACAAGGAUGACGAUGAUGACGAUGAUGAUGAUGACAGCGAUGAAGGGCAUCCCCUACUUCAAAACAGGUCACCAGGUCUUAGACGCACCAGGCGAGUAACAGCUGGAAGACACAAGAAUCCUCACAAUCUGCCAAGGUCCACAGUAUCCAGUGCCAAUGUGGGGGUGGUAAGGGCUGCAGCAUUCCUUGGGGCUGAGGUUUGAUCGUCGGGGGCGACGACACCUUUUGGGAGGAGUGAGUGUGGGGAUCUACAUAGGCAGGCACACAACCUAGUUGCAUCACGUUCACACCCAGGAUCACAUGAUGUUUUGAAAAGUCACAUGACCAAUUAGGAAGUGAUAAGUGUCUGCUGGUUGCAAGGCAGAUUCUCUUUGUGUUGGUGCUGGACACUGUUGUGCGUGUUGGGCUUCCUUUUCAGUGUAGGGUAAUUUCUAGAAGUGUGUGUCUACUCUUCAUGGAGGACACAGGCUUCUGCAUGGAGUUUUAAAAUGUGUUGUGAUCACCUCAUUGUGACCUGAGCUGCUGGGCUGCAUCGGUAAAUGCCUUAAUAUGCCAUUGAGUGUUUUAUAUCUGCAUUGGAACAUGUUUUAAAAUACUUUUUCUGUCUGUAGCAACGGAAUGUUCACCUUUGUCUUCAUAUGUCAAUGAGCUGUGGGACAGUUGAGCAUACUGAAAAGUAGGCCUAUAUUUUUUAGCCAUGUUUGAGUUGACUAUGAUAUGCUGUUUAAUGAGGCUGGCAACUAACAUGAUUGUUUAUUUCCCAAAAGGGACCAGGCCAGCCACUGUUUUCUUGUGAUUAAUGUGCAUUUUUUUAUUGUUUUGUUGGUUUGUUUGUGUGAUGUGAUUUUGCUUCUGGGCCUACCACCCAUGUGCCCUACUGGUAGUAGCAUUGUUCCUUAAACUGGUGUUAUCCGUGCUGGUGGGUCUCCUCCCUAACUAUGUCUUUUGCUUAGGCUAUCCCUGUACAAGGCCGGAUCCACACUGAUGCUUUGCCCCUUCUUGCCAAGGGACCACAUUGUUAGAGACAUUGGUUUGGGGUGUCUUUAUGACCAUAACACGGUGUGAGAUUUUUUUGUCGUGGUAUCUGAAGAUCUUGAAUGAGUGGUGCUUGCUGUGUUGCAUGCUUCUUCUGGUGCUGGGUUGCUGUCUCCUGUUUCUUUUUGUCUCACCAGGGUCCACCUGAGCAGGGGUUUCGCAUUGGCUGAUCCGACCUUCCUAGACUGAGGAGAAUCCACCAAUUGUAUAGCAGUAUUUAAGAGCCAUUUUAAUAACUUUUCCACACUUUUUGUAUUAAAUUGUAAUAAAUUUGAAAUACAUUUAUAUACCUGCCUCUUGUCAAC